AUACUUAUAGAUAGAUUCGAUUUAGAUUUUAAGGUGAUAGUAUCUUGUUAGUGAUAUUUCUUGGGCGAUACUUAUUAUUUUUGGUGGUGGUGACGAAAAUAUGAAGGGGCGAAUAGAGCGGAGUGGGAACAAGAUCCUUUACUUUUAUCGUGGAUCUCCAAAGCUAAAGAUGAUCCAGAAGUAGCCAUUUGUAAUGCCUGUAACUGCAAAUUAGUAACCUAUCUGGCCCCUAUACCUACUCUACUACAGCUCAGCUGAACUGUGGACUACCAACCGACACCGUGAAACGGAGUUCUUCUGACAAGUCGUAAGACAACAUGUGACUACACAGCUUACAUUUCUCACGUAAACACAUAACUAAUACUCAAAAACCAUCAAUAUACUUCAAAUAUUGUUCAUUUUAAAGUAAUUUUGCACAUUGUUAGAAAAUAAAGGUGCAUAGUACAAUAUCCCUUUUAAGUUCCCGCCACAAACUCCAGUAUUUUUACUUUUCUUGGUUUAUUACCACGAUUAAUAAAGUUGGCAUUAAUUAGGCAUUUUUACUAUAAACUUUGGCAGGUUUUUAACUAAAGUAACGCACGAUCUAUAGUUAAGAGAUGGACACACUGAAUCUACUACCCAUAGAUUAUAUACUUAAUUUUUGAGACUUCUAGGUACCGUACCUACAAUUUGAAUGUGCAUCCCUACAUACCCAUUGAAAUACUGAUUUGUGUUGAGAUUGAAAAAAUAUUUAGUGAUUUCAAAAUUUAACAAUUACUUGUUGUUUUUCUUUGUAUGUAACAUGUGCAUUUUAUAAUACCGAAACUUAUCUUAAACAUAACAGCUUUUUGAAUUAAAAGAAUACCAUCAUGUACAACGACGAGGAAGACAACGAGAGAUAUUUUAGUCCAGAUUUACUUCAUGUCGUUCGCAUUGCCACUAUUUCAAAUCUUGAACUAGCUCCGUACGGGAUUAGGAGUGUACCCACAAAAACUGAAGAUGGAAUACCGAUUAGAAAGCUUUACGUUACUAACUUACCACCCAAGACAACCAGAACUGAAUUGUAUGGGGUAUUUGCCCAAUAUGGUCUCAUUAAAAGCUGCUGGUUGAAAAUGGGAGACAAGGGGCCAAAUAAAACUCCAAUACCCACAUAUGCAUUUGUAACUUUUAGUAAUCCAGCAGACGCUCAUCAAGCCCUUGAAGCACCUAGUCAUGAAAAAAUAUUGAGGGGUCGAAACCUAUAUACGUCACCAGCAGACAGUUGGCAUCAGCCAGUAGAGGAUGCAGAUGGUCGGGUCUGCUGGAAACCACGUUUUUCACGUACUAAUGUUCGAUCACGCUCUAGGUCAAAAGAUUUAGAUGAAGCAGGUACAAGCACCAAAAUGUCCACCGUUGCCACUUUAGAUUCAUCAGAAUCAUCAGAUGAAGAAGAUGUGAAGAGUUGCACCAUAUUAGAUGUAUUAAAUAGAGAUUGUUUGACGCAUAUCCUAAAUUAUAUCCCUAUUAGGGACAUAAUAUUAUCUGAAAGGGUCAGUAAAGGUUGGCAGAUUAUGGUCCAAGAAUAUUUAGCAGGCGUGCGCGUGCUGAAGACGUCGUGGUGGCAGGCGGAGGCGGCUCGGCUGACGACGGCGGUGCUGCGGCGGGUGCUGGCGCGCGUAGGCGACUCGCUGCUGGCGCUGCACAUCGACCACCACUGGUCGGCGCUCAACGACCGCACGGCGCACUCCAUCGCCAGGUUCUGUCCCAAGCUCGAGGAGCUCAAGAUCGUCGGUAUGCAUACAAAAAAUUGGAACCCCCUUCUGUACGGAUGUAAAAAACUGAAGAAUUUAUCAUUUAUUUCUUGCAACAAGCUGACGGACUCGAGCCUGGUGCAUCUGGCGCACGUGGACUCCUGCAUCGAGAAGAUCACCGUGGCCAACAACACGCACGUGACGGGCCUGUUCCUCACCGGCGCCGCCCCGCCGCAGCUGAGCUCGCUGUCCUUCUACAACUGCUACAGCCUGCAGGGGACGGUCCUAAGCGCCGCCAUGGACUCCCUACCGAACCUGACCACCUUAAAGCUGGACCUGUGUCCAGCGGCCAUGUGGAAAAUUGUACCCAUGAUCUUAAAGACCCUAUCCAAACUCGAGGAGCUGUCUCUGAGCGAGUACAUGUCGAGCGAGGUGUGCUUCACGACCCAGAGCAGUGAUGAAUUCUGUGAAGCCCUCACCGGUCUCACCGAGCUACGGAGAUUGAACUUGAGCAGAAACAUACACAUUACUAAUGCAGUGCUCAAGCAAAUCGGACAAACGUGUCAUAAGUUAGAGUACCUCAACGUAUCAAGUUGCAAUUCCAGAAAAAACUUCCCUCAACCGGGAGUGAGCGACGAAGGUCUGGCGGCGCUGUGGGCGGGGUGCCGGCGGCUGCGCGAGCUCGACGUGUCGUACCUGGCGGGGCUGGGCGGCGCCGGGCUGGCGGGACAGGGCGGCGCCGCGCGGCUGCGUCGGUUCACGGCGCGCGGCAACCCCGCGCUGUCCGCCGCCGGGCCCGCCGCGCUGCUCGCCGCCGCGCCCUGUCUGCAGGAGAUGGAUCUGUGCGGGUGCGACGGAGUGUCCGAAGAAAUAGUGGAGGCCGCAGUGAACGCCCUGGCGCUGAACCCGCGACACCUGCUCCUGCGGCUCGCGGGCACCGGCGCCGCGCAGGCACAGGAGGAGCUGCCGAAGCACAGGCUGCUGACGGUGAACGUGGCGGACGACCUGUGCAACCCCAACAUGAGGCCGGACUUCGUGGACCGCAUAUUCGGGAACGACUCCGACGAGUCCUUCGACGACCUCUACGACCACGACGAUUUCGAGGACCUGUUCGGUUCGGGUGAGUCGCGGUUUAAUUAUUUAAACACGUUGCACGUGGGACGCUCACACCGAUACAUUGUAACACUGAAGUCUGUAGUCGUCGUGGCCUUAAAGAUAAGACGUCCGGUGCAUUCGUGUUGAAGCGAUGCACCGGUGUUCGAAUCCCGCAGGCGGGUACCAAUUUUUCCAAUGAAAUACGUACUCAACGUACAACAUACGUACUCAUGUUCACGAUUGACUUCCGCGGUGAAGGAAUAACGUCGUAUAAUAAAAAUCAAACCUGCAAAAUUAUAAUUUGCGUAAUUACUGGUGGUAGGACCUGUUGUGAGUCCGCGCGGGUAGGUACCACCACCCUGCCUAUUUCUGCCGUGAAGCAGUAAUGCGUUUCGGUUUGAAACGUGGGGCAGCUGCUGUAACUAUACAUGAGACCUUAGAACUUGUAUCUCAAGAUGGAAGGCGCAUUUACGUUGUAGAUAUAUAUGGGCUCCAGUAAUCACUUAACACCAAGUGGGCUUGUGAGCUCGUCCACCCAUCUAAGCAAUAAAUAAAUAAAAAACUCGAAUAAGUAUCAAAACUCUAAGCAAUGUGUCUUCAAAUGACGUCACAAAUAAGAGUACCUGUCAUUUCGAAUGGCUUUUUAGUAUUGUACCGUAGUCCGUCUCGCAGUCGUCACUUCCAUUUCGAUGAACUGGCUUUUAUUAGGAUAAACUGUAUCUAUCCACCUGUGUUACCAGUAUAAUCAAAUCUUUCAACUUCAUUAUCGUCGACUUCAAAACAUCUCUUAUUAACAUCAAUAAAAAUUUGCAGACAUAUCAAAGAACGAUGACAAGGGUGAGGAUAAAAAAAAACCGAGUAUUUGAUUUUUAUAAUUGGCUCAACGUUAAAAUGUGUUGUUAUAGUUUUUAAAAUGUUAUAUUAUACAAUAAUUAAUAACGUAUUAAUUCGUUAUUAAGAAUGCAAAUAUCGAAACCACUAAACAGGAAUAAAUUAAAUAAAUAAUAACAUUUCAAUUGCAGACGAGGAAAUAUUCUUAGAGGACGAGCUAGACGAAUACGAGCAGAUCUUCGCGUACGGAAUCGAUGUCCCCGACAUACUCAUAUAGACUCCAACUGCCCACACACACUUUAUUAAUUCACAUCUAUCGGAAUUAUUCAUCGAAUAUGGCAGUUUUAUUUAUAAUUAGUUUUUAAUUUAAACACAGUUUACAUAGUCCAUUUUCAUGUAACAAUAACGUUUUUUUCUUAUCCUUUUGUUUCAUUUUUUUUUCUUAAUUUUAAUCUGGUAUCUUUUAUAUGGAGUUUCUGUGUUUUUUUAGCUCUGAUAUACUCUGUUUUUAUUUAAAUUACAAAUAUAGAGUAACUAAUAUUCAGAAUGAAUGAAAAUUAGUCAUCACUGUAAUCUGUGCUCCAAUAUCAAAUAACCUCUUCAGAGACAUUGGCUUAUUUGUGUACAAUUAGUUUUUGUUUAUUAUUAUCCAUAAAUGUGGCCAUCAUACUUUGUAAUGAAUAUUCACUUUUUUUUUUUACUUAUUGAAUUGUUUUCAAUAUAAAAUAAACAAACCACAAUAAAGAAUAAAAUAAAUUCAUGUUUUUUGUACUUUAAAAAAUUCGUCCCUAAAGAGGUUAAUAAAACAUUGAAAUUAAGUAACUGAUGUGUAUACGCUAUAUUUAUCUGAUGUUACUAUUGAUCAUCAUAUUGCUAAUUAAAGUCUGAAACAAUGUGAUAAAAAAAAUAGAGCAGUAUGUAAUAUAAUUUUAACGACUGUUACAUAUGUUAUCCGGUGAAUAAUUAUAAAAUUUAUUCAACUUUGUUGUUCAUUUAACAUAGUUCACAAAAUAUAUUACAAAAAUAUAUAGAAGUUAUUUAGUUGGCGCAAGGAAUAUUAAACUUUACUUGUCACACUUAACUAUUGAAUCCUUUACUUGUUGUGCAAAUGGAAAUUACUGAACUCAUAUGAAAAUACUUAGCUUUAAUACAUAAUAAUGAAUUAAAUAGAAUUGCUACACGUAGGGUGUUGAUUAGUUUAUAUUUUAGAAUUAUAAAAAUAUCUUCACGGAAAUGUGAUAUUUUGAUUAAUCUGUAAAUUUUUUUUCUUUUGCAACGAUUAUCUUUUGUCUGAUGAAUUUCUUUUUUCGCUUUGCAUGCAUUACUAAGAAAUCAUACUGAAUAUAUUAUUAUUCAAAGCAUUGUCAUCUGUUAGAAUCGAAGUAUUUUAUUUUUUCAUUCAUUUAGAUUAAAAUGUUUGUUUGUGGUUUUAAUGCUUUUUCUAAUAUGUUUUUUAUAAGUUAUUCCUACGUUUUUUGAGAACACAAAACUUAAUCAAAGCAUUGAUUUUAUUUCUUUACGUUAAUGAAGAGUUUAAUUUAAAACGUCGCAAUCAAAGGCCCUGUGUAAAUAUUUUUUUAGAUUUGAUUUGCUAUUAAUAUUAGUUGAAAGUUUCCUGAUGUAAGAGAUAUUUUGUAAACUGCACAAUGUGUUUAUACAAGUGAUAGCGUUGUUUUGUGAUUUGAGUUUCACGUUACAUUUCAUUUAUAUCAUCAUUCAUUUACUUAACAUUGAUUUUUAUUAAAAAACACUUAGAAUUGUUGUGUUCCGAGAGAAAUGUGAUGUUACUUCAAUUUUUUUGUGAUAUACUUUUUUUCAUUUUGAGAACCACGUUACGCUUGAUUUUUUUUUAAAUAUAAUUAAGCGUAUUUUAAAAACCUACAAAAUACAUUGUGUCCUCAACAUCA